AUGCCUUCGGAUCGCGACCAUCACUACGAGUCCGUACCGCCAAUUCCGAGCUAUGAUGAGGCCCUUGCCACCAGCGGCCCGGCCGACCCUACCGAAUGGCAAAUGCCGCGCUCCCCGGUAGACGACCGCUCCCGGUCCGAGACCGAGUCGCAAUCUCUGCUCAACAGGAAUGGCGAGGCCACGUCCUCCCGCCGCCCGAACCGCUACCGCCCGCCGACCGUCGAGACCGACGACGAAGACAGCGCAUGGGGCAGCGACGAUGAUGGCGACGAGACUGCCUACGUCCGGAGAGAGAUGCAGGAGCUGGAAAUAGGAGAACCUGGCGACGGGUCACGCCCUUUACUGUGGGGGAAACGGAUACCCUUCUCCCUUUCCUUGCCACGAUGGCGCUCUUGGCGAUGGCGCCUGCCAAGCCUGCGCCCGACCAUCCGGCUGCCCUCCGGCCCCAACGAAACCCCCAACGAUACCAACGAUGCGAAUGCGACGACGACGACGACAACAACGACGACGACGACGAGGCCGCGGAUCACACUGCCGCAGUGGGACAAGGACAAGGCGCGGACGGCCAUUAUCAUCUUCGCCCGCGUCUUCGCCAUUGUCUUUGUCAUGGGCAUCCUCUACGCCCUUUUCAUGAGCGAUCUUUUCACCAGCAUGGCCAGGCGCAUGAACGGCGGCCUGCGUUUCAACCCCGAAGACGUACGCGCCUACGUCCAGGGCAACGUCGAGGACCGCAGGAUGAAGGCCUCCGUCGCCCAUUACACAAAGUACGCUCACAUGGCAGGAACCGAGGGCGACUACGCGCUGGCUAUGGACGUCGAAUCCAUGUUCACUAGAGCCGGACUGGACUACGUCAACGUCGACGAGUACUACGUAUACCUGAACUACCCCAAGGCCGGAGGACGCGCCGUCGAGAUCCUCGGCGACGACGGAAAGCCCAAGUGGACGGCCAAGCUCGAAGAGGAGGAGAUCGGAGGCGAGUCCGCGGGGCAUCAGACCUUUGUGUUCCACGGCCACUCUAAGUCGGGAGACGUGAAGGGGCCCCUCAUCUACGCCAACUACGGCGCGAGGUCCGACUUCAAAAAGCUGGCUGACAGCGGCAUCGACACCAAGGGCGCCAUCGCCCUCGUCCGUUACUACGGGCCGGACUCGGUCCUUGCGCUCAAGGUCAAGGCCGCGGAGGAGGCCGGCUUCGCCGGAUGCAUCGUCUACAGCGACCCGGCCGACGACGGCUUCCGGCUCGGCGACGUCGCGCCCAACGGCCGCUUCAUGCCUGCCGACGGCGUCCAGAGAGGCACCGUCGCGCUGUCCAACUGGGUCAUCGGCGACCCCCUGACCCCUGGCUGGGAGAGCAAGAAGAACCUGCCGCGCAUGAAGCCCGAGGAGAGCAAGGGCCUGGUCAAGAUCCCGAGCUUGCCCCUGGCCUGGCGCGACGCCCAGAUUCUGCUGCAGCAUCUCAAGGGCCACGGCGAGCAGGUGCCCAAAGAGUGGGCGGGAGGCGUUCCAGACGUGGCCGAAUGGUGGACCGGCAACCUGUCGUCGCCUGUCGUGCGCCUCAAGAACGACAACGACGUGGUCCAGGAAAAGGGCAUCUGGAACGUCUACGGCAAGAUCGAGGGCAUUGAGCAGGACCAAAAGUCCAUCAUCAUCGGCAACCACCGCGACGCCUGGUCCUUUGGCGCCACCGAACCCCAUUCCGGCACGGCCAUCAUGAUCGAGAUGGCGCGCAUCUUCGGCUCGCUUGUGGCCAAGGGCUGGCGCCCGCUCCGCAGCAUCGAGUUCAUGUCGUGGGACGGCGAGGAGUACAACAUGAUCGGCUCGACCGAGUUCGUGGAGCGCAACGAGGAGCAGCUCCGGCAGAACGCCUUUGCCUACAUCAACCUCGACUCGGCCGUCGCCGGCACCGAGUUCCGCGCCGCCGGGUCGCCCGUCUUCAAGCAGUCCGUCUACCGCGUCAUCGACCGCGUCUUUGACGCCAACCUCAACACCACGCUGCGCGGCCUCUGGGACCAGCGCGAGGCCGACCUGGAGGACCUCGGCAUGGGCGGCGACUACGUGCCGUUCCAGAACAUUGUCGGCACCAGCUCGCUCGACCUCGGCUUCCGGGGCGCGCGCUUCCCCGCCCAGUCCAGCUACGACAACUACGAAUGGGUCAACCGCAUAGGCGACCCGGACUUCUCGUACCACUCCAUGAUGGGCCAGGUCGUCGGCCUCCUGCUUCUCGAGCUUGCCGACAAGCCCAUCCUGCCGUUCGACAUGGUGGGCUACGGCGACCGCAUCGAGCGCUAUGUCAAUGACCUGUCCAACUUUUGUGAGCAUCGCGGCGCCAGCGCGCAGCAGGACAAGUUCUCGCUCGAGCCGCUCAAGAAACUUGUCGGCGCCGUCAAGACGAACCUCAAGGGCUUCUCCAUGUGGGAGAUGACGUGGGAGAGCACCGUCAUGGGCGGCGGCGGCUGGGAGUCGGGCGACAUGGGCGACAAGCGCCUCCAGUUUAACAACCGCAUGGCCGAGUUUGAGACGGCGUUGCUCGACCUCGAACAAGGCGGUGGUGUAAGUCUGCCCUCUCAUUCUGCCUUCCCCCGUGGCAAAGAAAACAUGCCAUUUGAUAGACGAUAUGCUGACGCUAUCCAGAUGCCCAACCGCCCUCAGUUCAAGCACGUCAUCUUCGGACCCCAGGCCUGGUCUGGCGGCAAGCCCGUCACCUUCGCCGGCAUCCGCGACGCCGUCGAGGCCGGCGACUGGGAUCUCGCGAGCCGGCUCGUCGAGAAGACGGCGCGCAUCAUCCUGAACGCGACCGCGACGUUGCAGGAGUGGGAGAAGGGCGCCGAGAGCAGCUGA